AUGGAUGCGAUCAUUUCAAGCGAGUUGACUGGAGGGCCACACAUCCCAAUACUUCCCCAGAAGGUAGUGGAUCGUAUUAUCGACUUUCUGUUGGACGACCAACAGUCACUCUGUGACUGCGCACUGACAUGUAGAGCAUGGUUUCCUCGCAGUCGCCAAAACCUGUAUGAUGGCAACAUGGAAAUAUUGAACCGACGGCGCUACGACUCUCUUGUGCCUACAACGAAGAUUAAGCACCUAGAACCGUUGGUCUCUAUACGCUCACUCACACUCAGAGGAUUGCGAUACCCCUUCUUCCCAGGCACGGAUCCUGGCGAGCCUCGCUGGAUCCAUUUGUUCUCACUAACUCUGGGCGAACUAUUUUCCGGCGUGGUUGAACUGACGAUAGCAAAGUGGACCACACAGAACCUGCGUCCGAGUGAGCACGAGGUUGGCUUCCCAUGCUUCAGCCACAUCCACACCCUUCGGCUUCAUGAUUGCGAUUUCCGGUCAUCCCGUGAACUCGAGCGCCUCCUUGCCUCAUUCACCUGUCUCGGUACCCUCAUAAUUAAGCAGGUCGACUACGGAAGUGGGCCUCGUGAGAACGACCUGGAAACGACCUGGCAUGAUAAAGGCCCUCGACUCUGCUGCUUAGGUGUGGCCACUUCUGAUGCGCAUCUGUUAGACUGGCUACGUAGAUGCCCGUUCACCACCUCAUUACGCGACCUGUCGUUGGACACAAGCGUCAGUUCCGUGUGGGAUGCAUCGUCGCGGAUGGUCCAGGCGCUGGGGCCCACUCUAGAAGUCCUGCGUGUGACGGAUUCUUCUAUGGAUUUUAAUUUAUCUGCCGAACAAAUCGAUCUCUCACGUUGCUCGAGCUUGCGCACGUUGAAGGUGACAUUCCGUAUGUCUCGACUUAAACAGGACAUGCUUCGCACGCAAAUUCCGACACUCCUUGAGCGAAUUCCGGCCACCAGCCGUCUGCAAACGCUACAGAUGGUUAUCAGCCUAGAGUCACUUAGAGUGAGUGAAGACCAGCAACACUAUGACUGGACAUACUGGAGGAAUGUCGAUCGGAUCCUAGCAAAGGAACAUUUUUGCAAGCUCAACACGGUGAACAUCCGUGUCAUAUACGACACCGAGAAGGACCGUGAAGACAUCGAAUCACUGGAACGGCAGAAGAACGCACUCUUCCCAGAGCUAUCACGUCAUGGCAAGAAUUUCCAGAUGGUUUUUAUAUUUAAUCCGCCCAUCUCAAUCACAGAUGCCACGUUUAAACUCAAGCCAAGAGCAGAUGGUAGCCAACGGUGGGUGUUGGAACCUGGCCACAUACCUAGCAACCUCGGUCAGCUGGGAGUUGUAAGAAGUAUAUGUAGAAAUAUGUAG